AUGGCAAAAGAUCCAACUUUCGAAGAGGUCACGGCCUGUCAAAGGGCCCUGUUCGAAUGGGCAGACAGUUAUGACACGAAAGAUUGGGAGCGUCUCAAGAAAUGCGUCGCACCCACCCUUAGAAUUGAUUACCGUUCCUUCUUGGAUAAGCUGUGGGAAGCCAUGCCCAGUGAUGAGUUCAUCAUGAUGGCCUCUGACCCGCGGUUUUUGGGCAACCCUCUGCUGAAGACGCAGCACUUUAUCGGCCUCAGCACGUGGCAAAAGGUCAGCGACGACGAGAUCGUGGGGACGCAUCAGCUGCGGGUGCCGCAUCAGAAAUACACCGACAGCAGCAUGCGAGAGGUCGCGGUCAAGGGCCACGCCCACGGCACCGCCACCAUGUGGUACAAGCGGGUGGAGCACGAGUGGAAGUUUGCCGGAAAUUCUACAUCUCAUCCUAUCCACAUCACCGUCGAUUUGCUCCAUUGA